CGCGCGCACAGCACCGGGCGCAGCCGCCGCCGCCGCCUCAGCCGCAGCAGCGCCGAGACCGCCGCGCCCUCCUCGUCCUCCUCCUUCUCCUCCUUCCUCCUCCUUCUCCUCCUCCCGGAGCCCGCAGCCUCCUCGCCCCUCUCCCCCCAGGACCCCGCGAAGAUGGUGGACCGCGAGCAGCUGGUGCAGAAGGCCCGGCUGGCCGAGCAAGCCGAGCGAUACGACGACAUGGCGGCCGCCAUGAAGAACGUGACGGAGCUCAACGAGCCCCUGUCCAACGAAGAGAGGAACCUGCUGUCCGUGGCCUACAAGAACGUGGUGGGGGCGCGGCGCUCGUCCUGGCGAGUCAUCAGCAGCAUCGAGCAGAAGACCUCUGCUGAUGGCAACGAGAAGAAGAUCGAGAUGGUCCGCGCCUACCGCGAGAAGAUCGAGAAGGAGCUGGAAGCCGUGUGCCAGGAUGUGCUGAGCCUGCUGGACAACUACCUGAUCAAGAACUGCAGCGAGACGCAGUACGAGAGCAAAGUCUUCUACCUGAAGAUGAAAGGGGACUAUUACCGCUACCUGGCCGAGGUGGCCACCGGCGAGAAGAGGGCGACCGUGGUGGAGUCUUCGGAGAAGGCCUAUAGCGAAGCCCACGAGAUCAGCAAGGAGCACAUGCAGCCCACCCACCCCAUCCGGCUCGGGCUGGCCCUUAACUACUCGGUUUUCUACUACGAGAUCCAGAACGCGCCGGAGCAGGCCUGCCACCUGGCCAAGACGGCCUUCGACGACGCCAUCGCCGAGCUGGACACCCUCAACGAGGACUCCUACAAGGACUCAACGCUCAUCAUGCAGCUCCUCCGCGACAACCUAACGCUCUGGACGAGCGAUCAGCAAGACGACGACGGCGGAGAAGGCAACAACUAGACCCCCCCGAUGGACUGGCAGCCGCACGCUGAUGCUAACUACUGCAGUCUUUAUUUUUUUCCCACGAGUGGGGGGGGGUCCGGGGUGGGGGAGGGAAAGGGAGGGGACACCUUCCCAGGGAGGCCCCCCACAACCUGUCUUUGAUUGCCUCGUUGACAUUUUUGCCAAAACACCACUAGUGGAAGUCAGGCUGGCUGUGCUGGUAUGGAAUAGCAGCCUCACUGGCAUAUGGACUGUUCUGUAGAUUAUUAAUACAAGUGGAGCUGUCUUUAAUUUAACUUUAUUGCUAGAAAUAAAAAAAAAAAAGGGUUUUAAGACGAAUUUGCGUGGAUGGAAUGGCCCUCAUUUGGAAGGAAAGCAACGCAAAAACAUUUGGAAAAAAAAAAAAAGGGGAGUUCUGUGGUUCCAGUAAGGCUUCGAGCGUUUGUUUCCGCAGCCCAGGUGCCGUGUGCCCGCACCACGUCGCGGGGCCUCUCUCUGCAGCUCUGCCUGCAAAUCCCCAAAUUGAGAAGGAAUUAAAAAUAAAACCAACAAAACUAAGAUAUUUGGGGCUUGCAAAGCCCUGGGAUUUAGGCCAUCCAAUCUUUUUUUUUUUUUCUUUUUUUUUUUUUCCCUUUUUUUUUUUUUUUUUUUUGGUUGAGAUAUUUAUUAGGGUAGCUUACAGUAUUAACACUAAAUUGCAGUUUACAGUAUUUCUACAUUACAGCCAUAUGACAUCAAGCCUUUGAUUGUCUGUUUUUCUUUCUUUUGCUAGUUCUUUUGGCUUGCCUUCCUGAGCAGUCCUCGCCUGUGGACUGGCUUUAGCUAUUCUGUGUCGCCCAAGGCAAGAAGACUGCCCGCCCGAGGAACAUCAAAGCUGCUCUAGUUUUUUGGUCAACAGCUUAACAGGUGCUUGGCUAGCGGCUGUUUCAACUAUUUUAAGUCCACAGCAAAAGGUUUAAGAACUUAAUUAGACAAAGGGGGAAGUGUUUAAACUUAAAAAAAAAUGCCACUUAAAUAAAAAACAAUAAAAAAAUAUUAAAAAAAAAGAGCAUUCAGGUCUGUAUGUCAUGUACUGUGUUUGGUAUUUCAAAAGACCAUCCUGAUUUAAGGUGCCACAGCUGCUUCCUCAGGGAUUGCACUGCCAUUUCACUCUGCCUGACUUUCUCCCACUGUACCAUGAGGUUUGUCAGCAGAUCUCCAGCACCCAGGGCUCCCUUGUUUGUCACCAGGGAAGCCGGGUGUGUUUUCCUUUCUCCUGGGGAAGCUUGUGGUGUAAUGAGUGAACUUCAGGAGCUUAGACACUAAUUUGGUAGAGAAAUUCCUCAAGGGAAGAGCUACAAUCAUAGACAUUUCUGUCCACCAUCGGGAGCCCAGGAACUUAGUUCUCUUCUUAGCAAAAUCUUUUCUCAGUCUGUCUGAUCCGGCCGGGGGUGGGAGUUGGGGCAUCUGAAUUGCUUAGCAGGUACUACUUACCCCAUUUUGAGUAAGUUUAGCUUUAAUUUUGAUUUUUUUCCAUGGUUGUCGGAGGUUCAGUGCUGUUGUCUG